AUGGGUGGCGGUAUCUCUGUUCGCGAUGUUGAUUCGCACAAGUUCAUCAACGCAUACGCUGCGUUCCUGAAGCGUCAGGGCAAGCUGCCCAUUCCCGGUUGGGUUGAUACGGUCAAGACUGGCCCCGCCAAGGAGAUGCCUCCCCAGGACAUCGACUGGUUCUACGUCCGUGCCGCCGCUGUCGCCCGCGCCGUCUACCUGCGCAAGACCAUCGGUGUUGGCCGUCUCCGCAAGAUCCACGGAACCGCCAAGAACCGUGGCGCCCGCCCCUCCAAGCACGUCAACGCCUCUGGCUCCGUCGACCGCAAGGUCCUGCAGUCCCUCGAGAAGAUCAACAUUGUCGAGAUCGACGAGGAGAAGGGCGGCCGCCGCAUCACCCAGGCCGGCCAGCGUGAUCUGGACCGCAUUGCUGCCCAGACCGUUGCCGCUGAGGACGAGGAGGAGGAUGACGAGUAA